AUGGACCACGACGACAAUAACAACACGCCGCCACGCGUCUCACGAUGGGCUGAUGUCUUCGCUACAGGGCAGGCCAAAAGAGAGAAAAAGGCAGCCUGGAUUCUAGAAGAUCUGUCGUCGCCCUUCUGCGCACAGUAUUGGGUAAAUAGGAACGCUAAUCCCUACCAGCAGUCCGCUCUGACUACUCGAAGCUCUCAAGCCAUUCCAAUUCGCCAACGUCAGCAAAAAGGAGUGAAGUCGCUGGAACACCAGCCAACAAUCUCACCGCCAAUGGAGUUUAGCGAAGAUCCUGGAACGAUCUUCACUAAGAGCUUCAGAGAAAAGAAAGCCCAGCAGCCCAGAAUUCAGAAUCCUUUCGGAUCAAUGCUCGAAGACCGUUCCAAAUCACCGGCGAUGUCUCCUGCGGACUCCAGAAGUCCAAGUACACCUUUUGAGCAGGAUGUACAGACUCCUGUCCAAGAUGUCAUCAGUGUUCGUGUUGUUCACAGUACACCUGCAAUUCAGACCACCAUCAGUGUUCCUGAGGGUCCAGAUAGAACUGACUCGAGUGCUAUCAAUUCUCUUCAUAGAGAAAUUCAGAGGUUCCAGAUUAGUCCAGAUGACACAAUGUCAUCUUCAACUUUGGAGAAUGAUAGAUCGGUCGACCGCUUUCGACCUGCUAGUCACCGUAUCAGAAGACCCACUCGUCCAGCCGGGCUAUCACCACGAGUCUGGCACGACGACAGUACUGUGGUACAGGCAAGGCAGGAGCAAGACUAUAUGGUCCAGUGGCCAAACGCAUAUCCGGCCGAUACCCUACGUUCAUUAUCAGCUGGCAGCGCAACUCCCCCGUUGGUAAACACCUACGCCAGAGCCACUCGAAACCGGGAUGACGACAGGUUCACUUCUUCGAACAGAUCUAGAACUACGUCGAGAUACCCCGACAGACACAAUCCGUCAAAUGUGUUUGGUAGAUCCUCCAACCAGACCAGUCAGGGUCAGCUGGUCCGCAGACAAAUGAACAUAGACUCUGGGGCAAAAGGCAACAUGUCUGAGGUGAUACCCGACGACGACUUCUUCUCGUUGGAAAACUUCCGACCUUCUUCCAUGAACCAGGAACAAAGAGGCCUAAUAGAUGCGCCGCGCGGAAGCAAAUACCUGGGCAAUCAGGAUUCACAAUCCGCCGCUCAUCAGUAUGACGAUUGCCCCGAUCAUCUUAACCACGCUCUAUGGGUGAUGAGGAUACAUCGUGAUGCACAAUUAAAGGAAAUCUUGGAUACGGUUCGUACGGGAGGAAUAUUUGCUACCCACAUGUCGCCGGCUAAGAACGGUCAUGAUUCACAAGCCAUAAAGAUCGUUUUCAUGACUCACGAUGCAGCAGCUGAGUACCUUCGACAGAUCCACACCACCGGCAUCUAUGUUAGAGGCAAACGGGUUGAAGGUAAAUGGAACCGAAACGGAUACAUAAUACCGCCUCAGGGCCAGAGAACUCGGGUCUUGCACAUUCGAGGACCAGUACAUUACAUGGAACGUCAUAAAUGGGAGGCCUACAUGCAAAUGGGUUUAUCCAUCGACUUGGAGGAGUUCCGUGAACUGCCAGAUCCCGAUCCUUCAAAAAAGACGUUCGAAUUCCGACUUGGUCGAGUCGACGGACAAGCCGAGGCGGUAUUCCAGAUGAUCUGCAAGAAUCUGAAAAUGAGGAGGAACGUCGAGGUCAGAUAUGGCCCUGAUCCAUGCGAUCCAAACUCAGGAUUCAGAUGA